AUGGAAACGAUUAAUAAUGAUGAUAGAGGCCAAGUGCCUUUAUCAGAAGUGGGAUUUGCAGGACAAAGAUCUGAAGAGAAUAUGCAAAGUAAUAAAGCGUCGACGUCAUCGCAGGAACCCAGCUUUCUACAGAAUAUGGAAAUGUUACUAACUAGAUUAUUAGCGGCUACUCAUGCGCAACCUACGAGUAAUCCUCCGAUACAAUUGAUUCAGUUUGACCCUGAUUGUGUGGAUGCGGACAUAGAAGGUCGCUUUACGGGAGCAUGUCACCGUUGCGGUGUGCCAGGACAUAGAGCUAUUGACUGCCGUAAAAAGCGCGAAGACCCUAGUUCCGUAGAAAAGACACCAAGCCAAUCGUUUAGAAUACCUGAUAAGACGCGAGUGAUUACGUGCUAUGUAUGUGGACAGUUGGGGCACCUCGCGUCAACAUGCCCAGAAAGAAAAGGAGGGAGCAGCGCACAGAUAGUCAAGGAGGUCAACAUCUGCGAGCGCAAAUCAUCGAUGAGCACGUUAACUACAUCAUCUGGCUAUAGUGGAUUAGUUGAAGCAGCUACUAUCUUAAUUAAUAAUGCGGAGGAAGCCGAGACGGCGAUCCACGGUCAAGAGAAUGAGGGGGUACCAUCUGACGAUGAUAGUGAUACAAUGUCUAUAGCUAGUUCGCAAACUCUUACCGCUAGUUCGGGGACCCUCUCAGCCUCUGAGCGUGAUGAAAAC